AUGGAUACAUCAGAAAUCUGCAAUGCGGAGGAAGAUGAAUUCCAGCAACUGCCCGUUGCAAUCCCUAGGCUUGGAUUGAAUCUUCAUUGCUAUCAAGGUUUUUGGCACGCACCUCUUGCGUUAAGAGGUAUGAUACCUUUCCAAAUACAAUUUCAAGCAUUAGAUACUGAUAUUAUCGUCGCCAGUUUCCCAAAAUGUGGCACUACUUGGCUCAAGGCCUUGACUUUCACCACCGUAAACCGCCACCAGUUCGCCAUGGAUGAAAACCCUUUGCUCACCUCUAACCCUCACCAGCUUGUUCGUUCCUUGGAGUAUGAUCUCUACAUGAACAACCCUUUUCCUGAUCUCGACAAUAGCUCUCUUUAUAAUCCAAGGCUUUUCGCUACUCAAGUUCCUUAUACUUCUUUGCCGACUUCCAUUAAAGAUUCUGACUGUAAGAUUGUUUUCAUAUGUAGAAAUCCCAUGGAUAUGUUCAUUUCUCUUUGGGUUUUUCGACACGAGCUACGGGACGAAAGCUUAGAGCCAGUAUCAAUAGAUGAAGCAUUUGACAUGUUCUGCCAUGGAGUCCUUGAGUUUGUACCAUUUAUUGAUUAUGUGUUAGGGUAUUGGAAGGAAAGCCAAGAAAACCCAAAUAAAAUAUUGUUUUUACAAUAUGAAGAUCUUAAGGAAGAUGUCAAUUAUCGUGUAAAAGAGUUGGUCAUGUUCUUGGGGGUUCCUUUCACAGAGGAAGAAGAGAGACAAGGAGUGGUUGAAGAAAGAGCCAAGAUUUGCAGCUUUGACAGCUUGAAAGAACUGGAAGUGAACAAGAAGGGCGUGCACACUUUUGGGGCACCAAAUGAAACUUCCUCUAAGAAGGCAGAAACUUUUGUGGUUCCACACAGAGUUUUUUAGAAAAGCAAAUGUGGGAGAUUCAUUUAACGUUUAAAUUCUCCUGCAAAACCUCUUCACAGGAUAUUGCUUCUGCAUGAUAAUGGAGUGUAUGAUGAGUAUAACUAUUUAGUCAUGGGGUAGCUUUGUUUUGAGUAAUUUCUGGCUUACUCCCAGUUAUCUAUUGCUUGUAAUCUGUGGUUUUUCAUUAGCAAAAUAAAUUGCUUU